AUGUCUUUGGUAGUGUAUUCGCAUGAUAGAGAUGUGGAACCCGGAGAAGGGCAAAUUGUAGUGUACAACCAGGCGUAUUUCGAGUAUUUACAGGCUGAGGAAGGAUCUAGUAGGGGCAGCUAUGAGGAUCAUGCCAGGGAGAGACCGCGCAGGUCGAGCAUACCUGACGAUUUCUUUGUUCAAGGCUACUACCAGCGGUUUUUCAAACAGGUUGGCGUUGUUGGGACUGGGUCACGUGCUGUAGUGUAUAAGGUGAAACAUAUGCUCUUAGAGAACGACUUAGGGACUUUUGCAUUGAAGAAGAUAUGCAUUGGAGACGACAUGCACUGGCUCUACCGGUGCCUCAAGGAGGUGAAGCUCUUGAACCGGUUGACGGAGGAGAGCUCGCAUUUGAUCACGUACAACCAUGUUUGGUUGGAGAGGUGUCCCGUGGAGUCGUUGAUUUUGACACAGGACGAUGGUUCGCCGGCCAAUUUGGACAUUCCAACAACGAUGCCGUACAUGUUUAUUUUGCAGCAGUUCUGCUGCGGUGGAAACUUGGAUGAUGUGAUCCAAUAUCAAGUGUUUAAUAAAAUUUCCGGAAAAGAGACCCGUCUUGAACGGAAAAAGAAGUUGAUGAACGCCAAAAAAUUGAGAAAAGGGCUCACUACAUACCAGAUCGUGUCAAUUGCCAAGGAUAUAAAUACAGGUUUGAGGCAGUUACAUUCGUUACGUAUCAUUCAUAGGGAUUUAAAGCCUAGCAAUUGUCUUUUGUUAGAGCAAUUCGACCCAGCGGACACCAAAAAUUUCCCGAAAUGUGUCAUUGGUGAUUUUGGAGAGUCGCAGUUGUACGGCCAGUUACGCGAUGCAACAGGUUCUACCGGUACUCUGGAAUUCGUCGCUCCAGAAUUAACUACAGGGGCACAGUUCAGCUUCAAAUCAGACAUAUAUGCAUUUGGAAUGAUCUUGUAUUUUGUAAUAUUUGGUCAGUUGCCCUUUGGUUCAAAAGAUAUGUCAGUUAUAAAGCGAGAAAUCAAUCAACUCUCGCUAAAUCCAGACUCCAUGCGGGAGUUGCACGAAUCUCUAGACCUUGUCCCCGUUCAUCCAGCAUUAUUUGAUCUUGUGUGCGAAAUGCUGAACCAUACCCCAUCACUCAGGCCUGACCUGGCCAGCAUUUCGUACCGCUUGGACACUAUCUUGGAAAGUGUCACUACAAGUAUUAACAACGAAAACACACCAACAAACUCCGAAAACAAACACAAAGUUGGUUUUGCAAGCCUCUAUGCACUUCAAAUCGCUGUCACCCUAACGGUCUUAAAUCAUUCCGAUUGGCACUGGUGGAAGUACACUGUCAUCUUCAUCACGGGACUCGCUUACAAUCAUAACAGGAAUGACAGUGCGGGUAACAGAAACUUACUCAUUAUACUAAUAGCAUCAGUGCUCAUUUCUGCCAUAUCCAUAUGGUAA